UUAGUGCUGCACAGGAAGGGGCCCAGGCACUGCUACCAAUUUGAUGUGAUAAUAGCACUGCAUUUGAAGCUGAGAGAUCUUCUAUCCCUAGAGGAAAGGGAUGCACCAGAAUUAAGCCUGUCACUACCAUUUGCAUUCCCAGUGCACACCAGACAGGGAUGGCAGUGAAAAGCACACUUUAAUUAGUUCCAUAGGGUUAUCAGGACAGGCUGAUGAGAACAAGGGCCCACUGAGUUCUUAGGACAGUACUUCCAACUCCUGCAAAGGUAGGCUCCUUAAAGCCAAGAGCUGUGUCUGUUUCUGUGCUGAGGUGCUUAUGCAAUUCCAUUCUCUCUAGGUGACUGCAUCACUAGCUUGCUUGUCUGCACUCCAGCUUAUUGUUCCUGAACAAGAUCAUCAUGCCUCGGGGUCAGAAGAGUAAAGUCCAAGCCCAAGAAAAAUGCCACCAGACUGAAGGUGAGACCCAGGAUCUCCAGAGUGUUCAGGCCCAUGCAACAAAGGAGAAAAGAUCUCCCCAUCCAUCUUCUCCUUAUUUGGGGGUUACUACCCGUACAAAAUCAGCUUGUAGGCUACAAAGCACUUCCAAGGUGCCUCAGAGAGCCCUUUCUACCACUGAGUCUAAGAGUGUUCCUACUACAAGAUCAUAUGAAGGAGCUAACAACGUAAUUAAGAGGAAGCCACGUUCUUCCCAGGCCUCAUCCUCUACGGUGAAGCGCCCUAGAAGCUCUCUCAUUGGUACAAUCCAGGUGGUAGUGAAGUAUAUGAUGAACAUGUACAAAAUGCAAAGACCCAUUCUGAAAGCAAAUGUGUUGAAGAUGAUCACCAAAGAGCACAGAAAACGCUUCUUUGAGAUCCUCCGAAAAGCUUCUUUCAACAUAGAGGUGGUGUUUGGUGUAGACUUAAAGGAAGUAGAUUCGCUAAAGCAAUCCUACAUCCUUGUCAGCAAAAUGAAUCUCCCUAACAACGGCACUGUGAGUAGAGGCAGGGGAUUCCCCAAGACUGGCCUGCUAAUGAACCUCCUAGGUGUGAUAUUCCUGAAAGGAAACUGUGCUGCUGAAGAAAAGAUCUGGGAAUUCCUGAAUAAGAUGAAAAUAUAUGAUGGAAAGAAGCAUUUCAUUUUUGGGGAACCCAGGAAGCUUAUCACUCAAGAUUUAGUGAAGCUUAAAUACCUGGAGUACCGGCGAGUACCUAACAGCCAUCCUGCAAGCUAUGAAUUUCUGUGGGGCCCAAGAUCUCAUGCUGAGACAAGCAAGAUGAAAAUCCUUGAGUUUUGGGCUAAGAUCAACCAUACAGUGCCCAGUGCCUUCCAGUCCUGGUAUGAUGAAGCUUUGAAAGAUGAGGAGGAAAAAGCCGGAGCCGCAGUUGUACUCAGCGACACAUUAAUCCACAACACCGAAGAGCGAUGUUUCCUAAAGAUAACUAGUGAUGGCAUUUCAAGGAUCUUCUUAAAACUCCACUCACUACCACUAUUGGUGCAGGUGCUUAACGAGCAAAAUUAUGAAUGUGCCAAGAAUAAACAUGCUGAAAGUGUGAGUUCCUCUAAGGCCCCAGUCUUCACUGAGAGCUCAAAACAAAGGCUAUUUCUGGCUGGUCAGAUUAAUCUAAUGGGUGAACUUCGGGACAGUGAAAAGAUCCUGUCUCAAAAGAUUCAGAUUAAAAAAAUUCAUAAGAGUGUGGAAGUUAGCCAGGCCACCCUCUCUCCCAUCAGGGUCUGUGGUCCUACAGUAGUUAGGGUCUGUGUUGUUGUCGGUGGCUAUGUUACUACCAAGGACUAUGAAGAUAUCCAUGGUCUGUUCCCCAAGUACUUGAUUUCCAGCCUAGCCUCCUACCUGCAGUUUCUGACCACAGCCAUCAUGCCCAGGGGACAGAAGAGUAAGGCCCGUGCUCGUGAGAAGCGCCGCCAGAUCCAAGAUGAGGCCCAGGGGCUCAAGGAUGCUCAGGCAAAGGCAGCAGAGAAAGAAGAGUCACCUUCCUCCUCUACUCAUGAUUCUGAAGAUGCUGUUGCAAGCACCUCUACUGCUAGCCUGCCUCAGAAGUCUAAACCUCAGGGUGAGGCAUCUACAAUCACUGCUGGUAGACGUGUGGCCCGCAGAAGAUCUGGUAAAGGUGCCAGAGGUCGAAGGGAGCAAAGUCCUAGUUGCUCUAAGGCCCCACACUCCACUGAGAGCCCCCAGAGUGAUCUUCUAUCAAGGAAGACGGGAAUGCUGAUGCAGUACCUGCUCUGCAAGUACAAAAUGAAACAGCCAAUGAAUAAGGGUGAAAUGCUGAAAAUAAUCAACAAAAGAUUCAAGGAGCAGUUUCCUGAGAUCCUUAAGAAAGCCUCUGAGCGCAUUCAGCUGGUUUUUGGUCUUGAAGUGAAGCAAAUCAAGCCCAAUGGUAGCUAUUACACCCUUGUCAGCAAGUUAGACCCCAGCAUUGGUGGGACUCUGACCACUGGCUUGCCUUUUCCCCAGAAUGGGCUACUGAUGCCUCUGCUGGGUGUGAUCUUUUUAAAUGGCAACCGUGCCUCUGAGGCAGAGAUCUGGGAGUUCCUGAAUAUUUUGGGAAUUUAUGAUGGGAAGGCACACAUAAUCUUUGGGGAGCCCCGAAAGCUUGUCACUAAAGAUUUGGUUAAGGAAAAGUACCUGGAAUACCGGAAGGUGGCUGAUAGUGAUCCUCCAACUUAUGAGUUUCUGUGGGGUCCCCGAGCCCAUGCUGAAACUACCAAGAUGAAAGUCCUGGAGUUUUUAGCCAAGGUCAAUGAGACCAUUCCUCAGGCUUUCCCAUCUCAUUAUGAAGAGGCUUUGAAAGAUCAGGAGGAGAGAGCCCAAGCUGAAGCUGUAGGCAGGGAUGGCACUAAUGCCAAAGACAAAGCAGAGUCUAAAGUCACAUCUGGUGACUCCUCUUGCUCCUAG